AUGCCACCGUACACAAGAACAUCUUUGGAGGGCUCAUCCGAGAAAAUGGAGCCGGCGACGAACGGCGAUGCAUUCCCCGAACGAAACACCAAAACGGAGUGCAUUGACAUUGAUGAUAACCGUGAGGUCUUCCAUGAGGAGGAAUACAGGGCAUUAGGUUGGAAACGCACUGGCAUCAUCUUGAUGAAGCUAUGCUUUGCCACUGGUGUAUUGACAAUUCCAUCUGCCUUCAGCUCAGUUGGGUACGGCCCGGGAAUUGCCCUGCUCGUGGGUUGGGGAACACUGGCAACUUACUAUGCGUACAUCAUGUACGUCUUUAGGAUGAGAUACGCUGGAGUUCACAGCAUUGCUGAUGCUGCAGCGCUGAUGGGCGGACCUAUUGCCCGAGAAAUUGCUGGUGGUCUCUUCCUGCUGACUUGGAUCCUCGCAUCCGGUUCUGGCUUCAUUGGUUUGGCGGAAGGGUUCACGACACUUUCGAACCGCCACGUCUGCAACAUUGCGUGGACCCUCGUCGCGGCCACAUGCACCGCAAUCGUGUCUAGCAUUCCCACUUUGGGGAGAUUGUCAAUCCUAGCUUGGAUAGGAUUUGCUUCCAUUUUUACGGCUGUCUUCAUUGUCGUGGUUGGUGUGACCCAAGUCGAUCGGCCUGCGGCAGCGCCACAAACCGGACCAUACGACAUGGAAGUACACGCCGUAGGGGUCCCUGGGUUCGUCCCAGGAGUUGUCGCUGCCGUCAACCUGUUUACUGGUUAUGGAUCUACACCAACCUUCAUGCCCGUGAUUGCGGAGAUGAGAAGCCCACGAUCUUUCACCAAAUCUCUGUUCUCGUCUCAAGUGUUUCUAGCCUCAUGUUAUGUAGCAUUUGGUACGGUCGUCUACAUGUAUUGUGGAAAGUACGUUGCGAGUCCGUCUCUGGGCUCCGCUGGCGGGACAUUAGAAAAGAUAGCGUAUGGUGUUUCGAUUCCUGGAUUCAUUAUGACAACGACUCUUUGGGUUCAUCUAGCUGCCAAAUCCCUUCUUGUACGCAUUCUUCGCAACUCUGUACAUCUACAAAGCAAGACCGCCAUUCAUUGGGUGACUUGGCUUGGCUCAACGAUGGGUAUCAGCGCGUUGGCUUUUAUCAUCGCUGAAGCGGUCCCGUUCUUUAGCUAUCUAGUCGGGCUCAUUGGUUCUAUUUGCUGCAUGCCUACUUGUCUGAUCAUCCCAGCAUUCAUGGGCCUCUACAUGGACUGGGAGAAAAGAUCUUCUAGUAAAGUCAAGUUAUCUCUCUGUGCCCUGCACAUCUUUACGAUAGUCCUGGGAUCAUUCAUGACCGUUGUGGGCACUUAUACAACAAUCCAAAGCAUCAUCGAUGCGUACAAGGAUGGAAGGGUGGGAUCAGCUUUUACUUGCUAA